CGUCCUUUCGAGUUCUGGGGCAUUCCUCACUUCAUCGACGCCCAUCAUGAAGUUCACAGUCGUCACUCUGCUCAUUGGCGCUGCUGCAGCUAGCCAAGGACCAUAUCGUGUCUUCGAAGAGCUCUCUUCUGCUCCGGAGCCAUGGGUCCUGAAGGAUGACGCUGCCAAGGUCGAUCAGGACUUGAGCUUCAAGCUGCGCAUCCAUCUCAAGAACCGCAACGUUGCUGCUUUCCAGCAACAGGUCCUCGAUGUCAGCACUCCUGGUCACGCCUCAUACGGUCGUCAUUUCAGCAGCAAGGAGAUCAAUUCCAUGAUCGCCCCUUCUGAGGAAGCCUUUGCCAACGUCCUCGGUUGGCUCGAGUCGUACAAUCUCACUUCGAAGGCGACUGUCGAGAGUGGUUGGAUCGUGAUUGACUCCACUGUUGGCGAAGUCGAGACCCUCCUCGAAACCAAAUACCAGAUCUUCGAGAACACCGAGACUGGAAAGAAGGCUGCCCGCACUCUUGCAUACAGUCUUCCCGCUGAGUUGCACGCCUACGUCGACAUUGUCGCACCAACCAUCAAGUUCAGUGCUCCAAAGCCUCAACUCUCAACAAUCGUCAAGGGCUUCGAAGCGCCAAAGAACCUGAAAGUCGUUGGAACAGCUGCCGACAUCCAUGAUGGCCUUGACGUCGUCGCUUGCAACACCACGAUCACAGUGGACUGCAUCCAAGCACUCUACAAGUUCAAGCACUUCCGAGGAUCUCGCCGAAAUGGAAACCAAAUUGGUCUUGCUGGUUUCCUCGAGGAGUAUGCUCAACACGAUGACUUCCAGCAGUUUCUCACCACCUACGUGCCUGAUGCUUACGGUGUUGACUUUGAAGAAGUGCUGAUCAACGGCGGACUCAAUACUCAAGACGCAACUGGGGGCCCUCAGAACAUCGUCGAGGCAAACCUCGAUAUCCAGUACGGUGCUGGACUCGCCUACCCAACUCCCUCCAUCUACUUCUCGACUGGCGGACGUCCUCCUGAGACUGUUGACUACGAAUUGGACAACGAGCCCUACCUGGAAUUCCUCACCUAUCUCUUGGCCAUGAAGAAGAUUCCUCAAACGAUCUCGAUCUCGUAUGGAGACAACGAGUGGGGUGUUCCAGCUUCAUAUGCCCAUACUGUCUGUGAUUUGUUCGCUCAAGUUGCAGCUCGAGGUGUGACAGUCCUGGCAUCCAGUGGUGACUCCGGAUCAGGAGACAAUUGCACCAGCACCAACCCAAACAAGCUUCUUUAUACACCAGCAUUCCCCGCUUCAUGCCCAUGGGUAACUGCUGUCGGUGCCACCCGAUACGUCGCACCUGAAUUGGCCGUCUCUUUCUCUGGUGGUGGAUUCUCCGAUUUCUUCCCUCGCCCAGCUUGGCAAAACGCCGACGUCUCCUCCUGGUUGUCCACCAAAGCCGACCCAGCAUAUACCAAAUACUUCAACGUUUCUGGUCGUGCGUACCCCGAUAUUUCCGCUCAGGGUGUCUACUUCCACACCAUUCUGGAAGGCGAAGAUGGUUUGGUCUCGGGAACCAGUGCAUCUGCACCAGCUUUCGCGGCCGUCGUUGCAUUGCUCAACAGUGACCGUAUCUCCAAUGGUCUCGCUCCAUUUGGAUUCUUGAAUCCGUGGUUGUACACUGUCGGCAAGAGUGGACUGACGGAUAUCGUGGCCGGAAAGGGACGAGGAUGUAGUCAGAUUCCUGGAUCAGGAUUCCCAGCUGUUGUGGGAUGGGAUCCAGUCACUGGAUUGGGUACGCCUGAUUUCAAGAAGUUGAGACUUGCUAGUACUGGUAUUGCCAGCUAGAUAUCUUGAUGAGUUGGAGUCUGGGAGAAAGAGAUUUGCUGAGGUCAAAAGUCAUCUGGGAGGAAGUUUGAGACGUGUCUGUACUAGUCAGAUACAAUACAGAUAAUUC